UCGUGUCCAUUUCGUUCGUCGAUUUAUAAAAUGCUUUGAACCUGCUUUUGUCGAUGUUGUUGAAAAAAAAAUUGCACAAAAAUCUGUGAUUUCGAUUAAUUUGUUACUUGUGUUCUAAUUUAAUUCUAUCGAUAAUCGAUCGUAAGCAUACUGUGCGUCGUGUAACAAAAAAAUUACGUCUUACAAUUCAGUGACUACUCUACCAAUUCAAUUACCAUAAAAAUCGUACUUUGUCUCGGGGACCACUAAAACAUUUGUGUGUGCUAACAAGAAAAAAAAAGUAAUGGUGGAGUAAUGGUGUCAUGAGAGUAAUGCGAAGUGAAUUCGAUAAUAGUGAACUGAGACGUGAAAUGGAUGAUAAUUCGGCCCAGCUACAUCAAAACGGAGGCGGUGUGGGACAAUUAGGUGGUGGCAGCUCGUCAUCAUCCAAUGCCGUUUUGAAUAAACAGGGCGACGAAAAACAGUCCAAAGGACCACAGUACACAAUGCCGGGCAUCCUACAUUACAUUCAACACGAAUUUUCACGCUUCGAAAUUGAACGAUCUCAAUGGGAUGUUGAUCGUGCAGAGCUUCAGGCCCGCAUAGCAGUCCUAGUUGGUGAGCGCAAGGGCCAAGAAUCGCUAAAAUCCGAUUUGAUUCGUCGCAUAAAAAUGCUCGAAUAUGCUCUAAAGCAAGAACGUGCAAAAUUCCAUCGUCUCAAAUUCGGUUGCGAUCCGCCGUCGAUGAACGAUAUCAAACCGCCAACCGACGAAACUGGCAUUAGUAACGAAGUGGCUCCAGACUCCGAAGUGCCAUUCAGUUCCGUAUCAAAUAUAACAUGGAGACAGGGACGUCAAUUACUUCGACAGUAUCUGCAAGAGAUUGGUUACACUGACACGAUAAUCGACGUGCGUUCGAAUCGUGUCCGGUCGUUGCUCGGAUUGAACAAUAAUUCCGAACAGGACGACAACAAUUCGCCAAGCAUAAAUGGUAACGAAAACAAUAAACGAGCUAGUGAAUCACAAGGGCGACGGACGCCAGCUAAGAAAUCACAGACCGGUGUAGCUGAAUUAAUGAUAUUGGAUUCGGAAGCGGCCGUGCUAGCCAAUUUUGAAUUUUUGGGAUCAGCUGAUGUUGAAAUGUCCGACGACGAUGAUUUGGCUGAAGGAUUAGACAUCCCACUAGAAGAUGACUGUGAGGUUAAGACAUCGAAACGUAAAACCAAAGGAAUUAAAAGCGAUGAUGUGGAUGCUGAAGCCGAAGAAGUUCUAAAUGAAUUAAAUCUACUAACUGCCGAAGGAGAAGAUUCCAAUAUGUCUUCGAAUAAAAUAGAAGAUUCGGAUUGGACCAAAUCGUUGGGUUAUUCAAAUGCAACCGACACAACCAGACGUCCAUUGAUAAGUGGAAACGACGAAGAUGUGGACUCUUCAUUAGGCUUAGGUGAGCUGGCUCAAUUGACAGUGAACAAUGAAGCCGAGACGACAUACGACGUUUCAAAUUCGAAAGAAGCGUAUCGACGAACUUGGAAUGCCAAAUACACAUUACGUUCGCACUUUGACGGUGUUCGUGCGCUAGCAUUUCAUCCGCAGGAGCCCGUUCUCAUAACAGCGUCCGAAGAUCAUACCUUGAAGCUGUGGAAUUUGCAGAAAACUGUUUUAACAAAAAAAUCGGCUGGCCUGGAUGUGGAACCGCUGUACACGUUUCGAGCUCACACUGGACCAGUCUUAUGUCUUACAAUGUCUACGAAUGGCGAGCAGUGCUACUCGGGCGGAUUGGACGGUUCCAUACACUGUUGGAAUUUGCCGAAUUCGAAUAUAGAUCCAUAUGACAGCUACGAUCCAUCGGUGCUGCGGAGCACACUCGACGGUCACACGGAUGCCGUUUGGGGAUUGUCUGUCCAUCAUACCGGCGGCCAUUUGGUGUCGUGUUCGGCAGAUGGAUACGUCAAACUGUGGUCGCCGCAGUCCAAGGUCCAAUAUCUGAGCACAUUCGGUUCGGAGAGUGAAGGAAUUCCAGCCUCGGUCGAUUUCGUUCGUGAAGUGUCCGAACAAAUUGUCGUGGCAUACAAUGACAAAGUAUCCCGUUGCGUCAUCUACGAUAUCGAAUCGACCAAGCCGGUGGUGCGAUUGGAAACGAACGAAAUUAGUUUUAUGAUCGGUCGAUUCAUCAACAAAGUGAUCAGUCAUCCAACGUUGCCGAUUACGAUAACCGCGCACGAGGACCGGCACAUCCGGUUUUGGGACAAUCGAACCGGCAAUCUCAUGCACUCGAUGGUGGCGCAUCUGGAACCGGUGACCAGUUUAGCGAUCGAUGCCAACGGUCUGUACUUGUUGUCCGGUUCGCAUGACUGUUCGAUUCGUUUGUGGAAUUUGGACAAUCGAACGUGCGAACAGGAAAUCACGGCCCAUCGAAAGAAAUUCGAUGAGAGCAUUUUCGAUGUUGCAUUUCAUCCGUCGCGAGCGUUCAUUGCUAGUGCUGGGGCUGAUGCGGUGGCCAAAGUUUUUGUUUAAAUUUAAAGUUAAAGAAAUUAAAUUUUGGAAUUAGUGGACGAACGACAACAACAAAUUUAAGCAGUGCAACGCGGUUACAAGAGAACAUAAAGAAAAGCAAGAUAUUGAGUAGACAACCACUGAAAUUAAUUAAUUUUAUUUUGUUUAAAAGAAAGUGCGAUGCAAAUUUCUACAACACAAUUUUCGUUUUUAUUUUCUAGUUACUCUCUCUCUCUCUCUCUCGUUCUCUAUCUCUCUCUUUUUUGUUUAAUAACAUGGAACAACAAGAACUCGUUCAGGAACUAAAAAUUCGUUAUCCAAAGUGAAGAUUUUGACAUACUUUAUAUGAAAGAAGUGUCAAAAUCCUCCCCAGUGAAACUUAACGAAGAGUUUCUGAACGAGCUCCAAAAUUGUGAACUUUGUGUGUGUGGGGGGGAAUAAACGAAAUAAAAACCGAACGAAAUGCCAAUGUCAGAUGUUUGAGAGAAAAUGGAAAAAUUAGAGAGAAAGAACAAUAAACGCGACCGCCACACGGAUCCUAGACUCUUUAAGAAAUUUAAUUUAUAAAAUAAAAUCUCUUCGUCCAAUGCCAUUUUUGCAAAUUUUUUUCAAGAAACAAUCGACAAACAAAUCAAUGCGACCACGUUCACUGAUUUUAAUAAAUUUAAUUAAAAUUGUUCAGAAAAUGACAUCAAACAAUCAAACGAAAAAUGCUUUUCCAGUUUGUCGUCGUCCUCUCUCCUCUCGAUUGGCAUUUUUAAAUAAUUGUAGUGAAACGGAGAGAAGGUUUAUUAUGAAGAGAGAGUGAGGACAAACUAUUUUUUUAUUUACUUCCUUAUGUGUGUUUGUGUAAUUGUUACAAUUUUAUUCAAGUCAUGUAAUUUAUUUAACGACAACAAACAAACAACUUUUUUUUUUGUUUAUUUUUAGUGUUUUUUACGGUUACUUUUUCGUUAGAUUUAGAGAAAAAAAAUUGGAAGAAUUUUCCCGACCGAGAAAGGAACGGAAUAUUCUUCGCCCCAUUUAGCGAUGAUUUCAGUCAAAGUUUUAUUAAUUAUUAAAAUCGUUCUAGCCGGAGAAAUAAUUAGGAAACAAAUUUGUCUUAUUUUGUUAACUUAUAUCGGUCAUCAAACAACAUAAGAAUCAUGUGAAUAUCAUUACUCUCAUACUCAUAACAAAAACAUGAAAAACCAACUUGGUCCCAUAAAAUCGCCAUCAUUUCGUAUUCGCUUUUCAAUGUCCAUUCAAUCUGUCAUUGAUCUAACGGUCUCAGUGGAAUCCAAUCCGCUCUUCUCUUUCUAAGAUUUUUUUUACAAUUCUUUCAUUUCAGGCGCGGAUCCACCUCUGUUGAUCAGAAUGUUAUUUUUUUUUAAUUAAUUUUUGUACCCUAAAAAUGCAUUUAUUCAAAAACCACCCUGGUCAAAUUUUCUGGAUCCGUUCCCUGAACAACUUUCUCGCUAUCUUGUCCUAGAAAUUGAUGAUCGGAAGACUUAAAAAUCAGACUCCAAUCUUCACGCUCAAAUAUUCCAUCUGGAUGCAUUUGCUUCGAAUUCGAAAUGACUAUAACGUCACUCAAUCUUGUUCCAGUAAGACGUUCAACUACACUAACUAGCUGAUUUGCUGGAUUUAGAAUUCGUUUUUAAUCAAUUUCUAUUAUGGCACAAGUUCUCUGUCAACGCUUUCAUUGUAUAGAAUGUUCGACACUCAGAGUUUUGACGGUAAUAUAUAGGUGCUAGUAUGUCCAGCUAAAGAAAACCUCUGAUCUGUCGAUCCGAGGUGAACAUCGCCAGCGAGUUCCUGAUAUUUGACUUGACCGUCAGUGAUGGUCUGGAAUCGAUAGUCAGAGGUUUCGUAACGUGAAAUCUGAGCCUGUAAUCGUAUAGCCUUUACUUCGAGCAUAUCAUUUAUCUGUUUUAUUAAGAAAUUAGACAAUUUGCGUUAUGUUCAACACUUAGUUUGAAAUGUAGUCAAUUAAUCGAAAUUGGUUAACAGGCUCAGUUAAAGUUU